AGAAGUUGCCAUAGUGACAGGCAUUCUAAACGAUCCACGGCUUCCUGCUCUGUCAUCACAGAGCGCCCACCCGGAAGCUGCAUGUGCUCUGAUGCACCACGUGGAGACUGCUGCAGCCGCUGAGCUCUAACUGGGGGAGGAGCAGCUGGUACUCGGGAAGAGGAUGCAGCCAGGUACCGGGGCCGCGGAGACCCCUCUGCGGAGAAGCAGCAGGAGGAGAGGGGCAGCGCCUGAGCCUGGGGAUCAGCAGCAGCAGCCGCCGCUGGAGGAAGUACCAAAGAAGGACCAGAAUGAGAGUGCGGCAGGGGAACCAGGAGUAGUCCCGGCGGCAGAGGGUCCAGUGACUGUGGCACAAGCACAGGAGGACGGGACGGUGGCACAGGAGGAGGAGGAGAAGAAGAAGGCGGCUGCAGAGGUGACACACAGUCAGGAGCUGCCGAGACAGACACCGGGACACGAGAAGGUGCCAUCAGCUGCUAAAAGAAAACUAGAAGCCCCUAUUAGGAAGGACGUGCCCCAGGGGAAGCCAAAAUCUGGAAGGGUGUGGAAGGACCUCAACAAGAAAAGGUUCUCCAGCAUGGUGAAAGACCGCCCAUUGCGCACCUCUUGGGAGGUGAAGAUGAAAGAACGCCAGGAAAAGAAGAUGGUCAAAAGCUUAGCCCAACAAUUAAAAGAUGAUAAGCAACGAGAAAAAGAAGAAAAAAAUAAACGGCGUGAAGAGAACCUCAGGCGUCGGCUGGAAAACGAGAGGAAGGCGGAGGUGGUACAAGUGAUCCGGAAUCCAGCCAAGCUGAAACGUGCACGCAAGAAGCAGCUGCGCAAUAUUGAGAAGAGAGACACUCUCAAGAUGUCCCAGGCUGGGAAAAGGCUGUCUCAGAAAAAGCCUGCGCCUGCAAAGGCCAGUAAAGAGGGUGAGACUGUACCUGGGAAAAAGCUGACUCAGAAAAAGGCUGCGCCUGUAAAAGCCAUUGAAGAGAGUGAGACUGUCCCCAGAUGAGCCAUAGCCUUUCACGAUGGACAUAGACUCAUUGAAAUACUGAAGCUUCUGUGUCAACCGUAAAGAUGUCUUGAGGGGAAGGGGGGGGGGGGGGGGGGAAGAAGAAGCAGCGAGAGCCAGCAGGUGUCUGAGGAGCUAUCUCAUCCAGCUGUUAUUGGUUACAUGUCAUUCUGACUGGACUUCUCAUUGAAUAUAACACAUACUUAUUUUCACUAAAUGGUUCUUUUGGGAAAAAAAUGGUAUUAUGAAGAACCAGUAUAUUGCAUUCUGAAUCUUUUAUAAAUGAUUCCCUCCCCCUUUAA